AAGGAGUCCGUCUCGGUCCCCCAUAGCCGCCGGGAGCGUGUUGAUGUAGAAGGUGGAUGCUAAAAGAGCAAACAUGUCGUUGGUGUUUGACGGGAGCCCCCUGAAAGCGAUGCCGAGCUCCCACACUCACACGCCGCAGACCGUCCUGAGUGGCCAGGAACUGUCUCAGGAGAUAAAGUCCUUCAUCAGCGGCGUGGACACGGUCCAGGGGCGCAAGCUCAGCGUCCGGGAACACGCCCGCUGCGCCGUGCGCCUGCUGCGCUCUGUCCCGGCCUGUCGAGGGGCCGUGCUGGAGCACCUGAGGGGCGUCUACGACGAGCACGUCUCCGCCUUUCUGCACAGCCUGGAGAGGGAGGCUGACCCCGGUUCUGGCGUCAGCUCCAACCUGGAGGACAUCAUUCAGGAGGUUCAUGGCGUGCUGUCUGAGUUUAUUGGACUCAACCCCCGGGCUUGGGCCCCGCUAGUGGCCGGCUGGGCGGUGGACCUGCUGGGUCAGCUGAGCAGCAAGCACGCCGCUCGGAGGGUCGCCCCCCACUCCUCCAGCCUCAACGAGCUCCUCCAGCUUUGGAUGUCCUGUGCUGCCACUCGCUCCCUCAUGGAGGCCUACUCCCAGUGCCUGGCCGCCAUGCUGGCCUGGUGCCCCGACGCCUGCGUGGACGCGCUCUUGGACACCUCCGUGCAGCAUUCGCCACAUUUCGACUGGGUGGUGGCGCACAUUGGCUCCGCCUUCCCCGGGACGAUAAUCAGUCGGGUCCUGGCCUGCGGACUCAAAGACUUCUGCUCCUGCGGCUCCAAGGACCAAGGGCUGGCGGUGAACGGAGCGGACAAGGGCAGCAAGGUGCCAAAGAUCGGCUCAGUGGUGGGAAUCCUGGGACAUCUGGCCGCACACCACUCGGACAGCAUCCGGAAAGAGCUGCUCAGGAUGUUCCAGGAGAGCUUGAGUCCUUCCAGCCCGUUGUCUCCUACUUCUUCCUCAGCCUCCUGGGAAGGUUCCCCUCAGCUACGUCGAGCCGCUGUCCCGUUUCUCCUCCAGCUCGCCGCCAUGUCCCCAAAUCUCUUUGGCGCCGUGUCUGCAGAGCUGGUGGAGCUGCUGCGCCCCCCCGUCCUGCUCCAGUUGCACGCUUUGCUGCAGGGUCUCCCAAGAGAAGAACUGGAUAACAUGCUGGGCCUGGCCGUCCACCUGAUCUGCCAAAGUCCCUCAGGGGGGGCUCGGGUCCUCCGUUUUCUGGCAGACACGGCCACGCCAGCCUCGGUCAUCAUCUCCGGUCCUACGCCGUCCCCUCAUGAAGGGGUCAGGGAAGGCUGCGACAGCUUGCUGCAAAUGCUUCUCCUGCACCUUCACAAGCUGGUGUACAACCGUUCGGAAGGAGCAGACGGCCACCCCCACCAUUCCCCCCAUUCCCAUCAGCCGCAGCUUGUCAUCCCCUUCUUGGAGGAGCUGCAGACGCUUGUGGGCCAGCUGUGCGCCGAGACCCUGAGGCUGGAGAGAAAGCGUCACCUCUGGUUGCAUCAACUCCUCUGCCUGCUGUCCGUGUACGGGGGCCCGAGUGUGGCCACCGAGACCCUCUGUCAGCUCCUCACUCAGGCCCGCAACCCCGAGGAGCUGGCGCUGGCCUGGCAGCUCCACAGCAACCUGUCGUCCUGCAUGGCGGGGCUGAUUCCGGCGGCUGUGGCUCACUGCGUGGCCCAGGUCCACACGCACAUCCCGGGACCCCGGCAGCUGAGGCAGCUGCUGCUAAACCUGGCCACGGUCGUUCAGAGCCGGGAUGAAGACGGAAGAGGAACACUGGACGCUCGGUCCACCAUGGCCGUCCAGGUGGGAUCCGCCGUCUCUGUGCACCUCCACCAUUUCAGCCCCCUCCUUCUCCACGGCGACCCGGCAGUGUCCCACGCUGCGGCGCGUCUCCUGGCGGCCAGUCCGCUCCCUCGCGCCUCCUCCCCGGCGCACCUCCUCCUGCUCUCGCGUGCCGCUGCCGCUCACUUCUUUCUGGCUCUGCGGUGGCGGGGGAAGGCGGGGAGAGACGGUGGGCGGUCAGCUGAGGCCGUCUCUUGUUCCGUGCAGAUGCUGUCCCGCUUUGCCGCGUACUCGCCCCUCGCUCUCAAGGCGGUGCUUCAGCAACUGGUGGAGGGGGUGCUGCACAAGGGCAACGCUGACCUAUUCGGGGGGCAGAUUGCGGACAUGGUGGGCACUCUGGCGCCGUCACGGGCUGGAUCCCCUGAUCUUGGAGCCUCCCUGUUGGAUAUCAACUGUCGUUUUGGGACCACCGUCAACUUCUCUGGAAGCGUGUGGUCUGUGUUUCACGCCGGGGUGAUCGGCAAGGGACUGAAGAUGCACACCCCCACAAGCCAGGCUGACCCGUCUGGGGUCAUGCAGAACAUCCAGACUCUGCUGACCGUCGUGGUCCGGUGUUGCACCUCCUCCGGUCUCAACGGCUCACGGCCACCGUCAGACCCCAACGAAGCACCGCCCAUCAACGCCGAGGCAGCCAAAGUUGUGGCGGUCACACUGGUGGAGAACGUAUGUCCGGACGUGGCCAACGGGGAACUGUCCUGGCCUCCGGAGGAACACGCCCGCACCACGGUGGAGCGAGACAUUCACAUCCGGCGCUGCUUCGAGGCCCACCCCGUCCUCUUCCCCCUGCUUCAGGUGGUGGCCGCAGGACGCCCGGCUCUCUGCUACUGCUCGGCCGUGCUCAGGGGCCUCCUGGCCACUCUGCUGGCCCACUGGGAGGCAUCUCGUGAGGCCUCAUCCGCCGACUCCCCGUGGCACCUCCAGGCCUCCUGCCUCUUGGUGUCCUGCAUGGGAGAGGGCCAGCUGUUGCCUCCCGUGCUGGCUAACGUCCACGAGGCCUUUUCACACCUGGCGCCCUUCGAGGUCAGACUGCUGCUCUUGGCUGUGUGGGAGUACGUGCGGGCCAAUGCUCCCAUGCCUCAGAAAUUCGUCUUCAACCCGGAGAAGGGUCUGUUCUGCAGAGACUUCUCUCGGGACGGAGACGUGGCACGAUAUGUGUCGCCCAUUCACAGUGUCCUGCACAAGAACAUUGACAGACUGGGACACCUCUGCUGGAGGUUUCAGCUCUGAGGGACACUCCGAGUGGAAUACUCUCCGAGUGGGCUGCUGCAUUGCCAUGGCUGUCAUUCACUUUCCUACGUGUCGCUGAGUCGUAUCCUUUUGUACCAUGAGUUCAGUAGACGUCAUCCUUUCCCUCGUAGUAGUUUGUGAAGAAGACAAGUGUAGCGAAUGAUGGCCCCCUGCUCGUCAUGUGACUGACUGGGCUCAUUCAAAUCCCUAAUUUAGACGUUGAGAUCAUGGCUCCUAGUUUCUCCUUCAAGCUCGGCUUUCCUGAGUUCAGCCGCAUCUUGACUUGAGACGCCAUGCAUGCGUCAUGGGGCCAGACCAUACACCAGAUGGGGUCUACGAGAUGAGGCUUUUAAGAAAAAAUAUGCCGUUAUAUCGCCAUCUACUACUUUGUUACACUCUGUGUAUGCUAGCUAACCCGCCGCCACCCACUGAGACAAGGACUGUAUGACUGACAAAAGGUUUUGCUCUGUUCAUGCCGUUGUUCUAUGAAAGAAAGGCACCGAGUUUGGAGGCGGGAGACAGGCAUGCAGGGCAAGGUGGAAUUGAUCCACUUCAUUGUCAUUGAUUGAUAUAUUUAGCAUCUUCCCACGCCCGGGGCCCCCAGGGCUGUUUUUCUCAACCAGGAAGCUUUGUUACAAAACACCCCUAAUUAUCACAAGCCCAAUGAGGCUGUUCAGAUUAUCAGAAUUGAUUUUGUUCGAGGCUUCACUACACGCCUGCAAGAGGCGUCCAGACUCAAAGCUGUCAUUUUUUUUAAUAAACAAGUAUUCCAAAAAACGACAAUUCCUUUUGUUUUCUUUUCCUUGAACUCGUGUUUGCCAAGUUGAAUGACAGAUGUGUGUCCUGCUGUCUAUUGAGAAUAUAUGUCCUGUACUUGACCAUCCAUGCAUUACUAAAUUGAGAAUAUAUGUCCUGUACUUGACCAUCCAUGCAUUACUAAAUUGAGAAUAUAUGUCCUGUACUUGACCAUCCAUGCAUUACUAAAUUGAGAAUAUAUGUCCUGUACUUGACCAUCCAUGCAUUACUAAAUUGAGAAUAUAUGUCCUGUACUUGACCAUCCAUGCAUUACUAAAUUGAGAAUAUAUGUCCUGUAUUUGACCAUCCAUGCAUUACUAAAUUGAGAAUAUAUGUCCUGUACUUGACCAUCCAUGCAUUACUAAAUUGAGAAUAUAUGUCCUGUACUUGACCAUCCAUGCAUUACUAAAUUGAGAAUAUAUGUCCUGUACUUGACCAUCCAUGCAUUACUAAAUUGAGAAUAUAUGUCCUGUACUUGACCAUCCAUGCAUUACUAAAUUGAGAAUAUAUGUCCUGUACUUGACCAUCCAUGCAUUACUAAAUUGAGAAUAUAUGUCCUGUA